AUGGCGUCGUGGUCGUGGUCGUGGUUCCAGCUCCCACCAGAAAUCCGCAACAGGGUAUACGAGUUCGCGUACGGGACACUCGUCUUUAAACCGCUCCAGCGCCCCGACUCGACGACGCAGAUGCGGAUGCAGAUGAACGAGUCGACUCCCUCUCCGGCAUUCUCGUCCUUGGCGGUGUGCAGACAAUGGAACACAGAGGUGACGCCCUACCUCCUCCCGAGAGCCACAUUCGACUUUACAGGACACCCGGGAGAUCCUCCUCCGCCACAGAUGGUCUCUCCCAAGACGUACGAGGCCAUGCGCCACGUCGUCAUCCUAGAGAGCCACUGCUUCAACUCGGACUGGCUGGACCAAGUCUUUGCGAAGAUGGUACAGGUGCAGACCAUGACGAUUCGGAAGAUGGGCAGGACGAGGCCUGGAAAUAACAACGACAGCGUCUUUGACGGACCGGGACUGACGCAGGAGUUUCUCGACAAGGUCAAGCUCGACCCCAUCAAGACGUUGUUGACGGGCUAUCGUUUCGACCAUCUCUAUAUCAAGGAGAUGUUGAAGGCUGGAAGAUGUGAGAGGAGAAUCUUGCUGGAGGGGAGCUUGUGGCUGCGGCUGGCCGCUAACGCUGACAGUACCAUUCACUCGAACUAUACCAUUGAUCUGGAGUCAUGGAAAGUGCGGAUCGAGGGAGUCCUCGAAGGGGCCGUCACAAUAUCCGAUAUCCAGGCACAGGAACCUGCUCCGCCGGUCGGCCCAGUCUACUUCGAGGACGAAGAGGGAAUGUUCGAGUACCUCUUCAGACAACAUUGGGCAUCCUCACGCCACAGCAAAUCCUAG